AUGCCUCCUGCUCUCAGCGAUCACGAGUCCUCGGACAGCGAAGAAGUCCCCGCGCAAGCGACCACAAAGGGAAAAGGAAGACAACCAGUACAAGUCGAUCCUGUAGAAGAUGAGGAGGAUGACAGUGAGGUGGGAGAAGACGAAUAUGUCGUUGAAGCCAUCUUCAACCACAGAUUCCAAAGAGGCGUUCUCCAAUUCGACGUCAAAUGGGAAGGCUACGACGACCCCAAAGACCGGACAUGGGAGUCAGAGGAAAACAUGGAGGGAGCCAUCGACGUACUGAACGAGUACUUCAAGAGUAUCGGAGGCCGUCCAGAGCCCAAGGGCCAAAAGCGCAAGGGCCGACCGUCGCUUGCGGGAAGGAAAUCAGAGUCGGAGACUCUUGCGUCUAGCACCAAGCGCGCGAAGGCAGACAAGGAGGAGAAGAAAGUGGCACAAUGGAGUCCACCACCAGGCUCGUGGGAACACGACGUCCACGAGAUCGACACAGUGGAGCAGACGAAGAACCCCAAGACAGGCGAACUCGAAAAGUUCGCAUACCUCGUGUGGAACAAUAAUCAAAAGACACAACAUCCUCUCAAACACGUCUACCAAAAGUGUCCGCAAAAGAUGCUGGCAUACUAUGAGAGUCACCUAGUCUUUUCCGAAACCAGCGACCAGCCUCUAAAAUGCGAAAAUGGUGAUGACAAUAACGACGCCGUAAUGACAGGCCACUAA